GAAGCUGUCUCCGACUGGGGGAAAUGCCCAGGCUCUGAGAAGAGAAGGACCGAGAGCGCCGGGCAGGGGCGGGGGGCGCAGAGGAGCAAAGCCAACUCCAGCUUCCCGCCGGCUGGGGGCGGGGCUUCUGUCUCCAUGGAGACCGCGUCUCCUAGCAACCGGAAAGCGUUGAGCAGGGCCGUGGGCGCCAUGGACGCCGAGAGCCUUCUGCUGUCGCUGGAGCUGGCGUCGGGCAGCGGGCAGGGCCUCAGCCCGGAUCGCCGAGCCUCGCUGCUCACUUCCCUUCAGCUGGUGAAACGCGAUUAUCGCUACGAUCGGGUCCUCUUCUGGGGCCGCAUCCUCGGCAUCGUCGCCGACUACUACAUCGCCCAGGGCCUGAACGCCGACCAUCUCGCACCGCGCAAGACGCUGUACAGCCUGAACUGCAUGGAGUGGAGCCUUUUGCCCCCCGCCACAGAGGAGAUGGCCCUGCAGACAGCCGUGGUGAAGGGCCGCUUCAUGGGGGACCCCUCGCAUGAAUAUGAACAUGCCGAGAUGCAGAAGAUCAGAGAGGGCGAUAAGGUCUUUGAAGAAGAAGUGGUGGUCCAGGUGAAGGAAGAGAUCCGCUUGGUGACCGUCAUCGACCAGAUCGAUAAGGAGGUGGCGAUCACUCCUCGAGGUGCGCUCUAUAAGACCCCUCUGGGACCCGUCCAUGUCAAUCGGACCUUUGAGGGACUCUCCUUGUCUGAAGCCAAGCAGCUCAGUUCCUACUUCCACUUCCGAGAGCCCAUCGAACUCAAGAAUAAGACGCUGCUGGAGAAGGCCGACCUGGACCCCUCUCUGGACUUUCUGGAUUCCUUGGAGCAUGAUAUACCCAAAGGGUCCUGGAGCAUCCAGAUGGAGAAGGGCAACGCCCUGGUGGUCCUGCGCAGCCUGCUCUGGCCAGGCCUCACCUUCUACCACACUCCGCACACCAAGAACUGCGGCUACAUCUAUGUGGGCACCGGCGAGAAGAACAUUGACCUGCCCUUCAUGUUGUAAGGGGGGCGGGGGGCAGCCUGGGGGGUCUCGUGUCGAGUCCAAACAGAAUUUCUAUAAAGCUCAGGGAAUUAGGUUCACUGUUUUUUUUUUUUUUUUUUUGCUUUUUGGAUCACACCCGGCAAUGCAUAGGGGUUACUCUUGGCUUUGCACUCAGAAUUACUCCGGGCGAUGCUCAGGGGACCAUGUGGGAUGCUGGGAAUCGAACCCCGGUCAGCCGCAUGCAAGGCAAAUGCAAACACCCUACCCACUAGAGGGCUUGGGCG